AUGGUGUCCGGUCGUCGAGUGGGCUUCAUCACUCCUCUUACCGAAGUCUCCUCUCAUCCCACCCACAGUCUCGGCCACACCGUGAUUUCGGCGUACACUGCACAGUUCCAGCGCAAUCUCUUCUCCAGUCUUCCCCCUACCUUCGCCGCCGCCUUCAAGUGCUUAGUGCAAGCCACCUUGCGGAAGGACGACGACAACCUCGCCGCUCUCAUUCCCCACCACAAGCCCCUCUGGGAUACCUUCGAGAUCCUCGGGCUCGUCGACCGGUAUGAGAGUGUGAUCGCAGCGGUCGCCUACGAGUUCAUCGAGGCCCAUGUGCUAGAGUCGUGUAAAGGGGACUGGGCGGAACCGAAGCUGGAAAAGUUGAAGGAAUGGAUGGGGAAGAACCUCAUCGAGUGGAUGCUGCUCACCUAUGCGCGCGAUGCCCCGGACGACGCUAAGGCGAAGAUGUCUGGUGUUGCGUCUCGGUUUGAAUUCCAUCUGAACAGGGUGCUCUGUGAACUACGCACCCGCGAAAUCUUCGACAUCAUCGUGGCACAUCCAGACUCCAUGGGUGCUCUGGCUGACCUCCGAACAUGCCUCAUGCGGGUCGACACACGACCAGCUUUCGUCGCCGCUCUACGAAAAGCAAAUCGAAAACGACUACUACAUCCAGGCGCAGACACGCCCGUUGUUCUUGCCCAAUAUGUCGCUACCAUCAGGUGUCUACGCGUCAUUGACCCGCCCGGGGUGCUUCUGUUCAAAGUGGCGGAUCCCAUUCGACGGUAUUUGAGGGAGAGGCCAGACACCAUCCGCUGCAUAGUUGCCAACCUCGUAGGCGAUGACGACGGUGCUGACACGCUCGUCGAGAACGAGCCUAUACAGCCGUUGCACCAGGUCGAUAUCGACGACUAUAGCGACCCUGCCUGGGAACCAGAGCCGAUCGAUGCAGGACCAGAAUUCCGGACAAACAAGCCUAGCGAUGUAAUCAGCACGCUGGUUAGUAUAUACGACUCGAAGGACUUGUUCGUCAAGGAACUUCAAGUACUGCUCGCGCAACGGCUGCUCGCUAUCAACAACGAUGACAACGAGCGCUUGGACAAGGAGCGCCGCAAUAUCGAAAUCCUGAACAUUCGCUUCGGUGAGGCGCCACUGCAAGUCUGCGAGGUCAUGAUGAAGGACAUGUCCGAUUCGAGACGAACGGAUUCGCAUGUGCAGUCGCAGAAGAAGUCCGUCGUCCAUCCAACGAUCAUCUCUUCACACUUCUGGCCUCCACUCGAAGCCAGCGACAUCGCCAUGCCUGGGCAGUUCAAGGAAUUGCAAGACUCCUACUCUCACGAGUUCUGCGUCUUCAAGCCAGACAAGAAACUCAAGUGGUUGCCUCAUCUCGGUACCGUGGAACUCGAGCUGGAACUGGCGGACCGCACAGUCGAGGCGAAGGUCCCGCCGCUAGAAGCCGCCUUUAUUGAGCUUUUCUCGCAGAAAGACAUAUGGACCAUCGACGAGCUGAUCGCCGGUGUCGGAAAUGUCGAUCGGAUCGCGGCUUUGAAGGCCUUGACUACGUGGAUGGACCUGGGCGUCCUGAAGGAAGACACGGAGAACACCUUCCGCCUGCUUGAGCAUGCGGAAGAGAAGUCGACGACUGAGCGCGAGCCGAGGACAGGUGUGUGGUGUUCAUGGCCUACGUUCGGCCAAGCAUUGACGCGGGUUUUAGUCAUCGCCGUGGACGAGCCUGCGCCGGUCUCAAGCGUACAACAGCAACAGGCCGAGCAGAUGCGGGUAUAUUGGAAGGUUAGUCUUGGCUAUCGGCUACACUCCAUAUACUCUGUUUGA